AUGUCACUCCUCAAUCAGCAAGCCGCCCCUUACUGCACUGCUACCUUGAUCAAAGUUCUUUAUGCGCACAGCUGCCGUUUUCUUCGAGAUACAGACACCGUCUGGAGCUUAGAUCACCAUGGUGAAACGUUUCGACAAGUUGUCGAUCGUCUGACGUCGGAGGCCAAGGUUGCACUCGCUAUGGAGACACUGAAUCAGCCAUGUAUCCCCACCAUCCAAGCCCUACUCCAACAGUCCGCUCGAGAGAUAGCUUGCGGAAACUCUUCGGCAGCUUGGCUAUAUUCGGGUAUGGCAUUUCGUAUGGCUAUCGACCUGGGUAUCCACGUAUCUCCCGAUAUUCUACAAAGUCACACCAGUUCAUUUUCUCCGGAGGACGUAGAGAUUCGAAAGCGACUCUUUUGGAGUCUUUACACUUGGGACAAGAAUAUGAGCUUAUACUUGGGUAGGAUGCCGAAUUUCCUCCUCGGAGCCGAUACAAUGUCUCGCGACUUUUUAGACGACUUCUCUGAACAAGAGCCAUGGACACCUUUCUACUGGGGCGUCCCAGAAGCUUCUGAGCUUCCCGCGUAUCCGCCAGUCCCUGGUCAGGUAAUGUCUUGUUUCAAGUCGUUGUGUACAUUAUGCAAGAUUCUAGCUCGUAUAAUGUUAGAACUGUACAGCUUUCCGACGAACAACGAUAAAUCGGCGCCGCAAGUCUCCAAAGCCAAAGAACUUUCAUUCGUAUCAAUCAAAGAUGCAGUUGAAAUUUGGUGGUCUGUACUACCGCCCUCUUUGCGGAUUUUGACCAAUGAACUACCUCCGCUGAGCCCUCCACCACAUAUAACCUCCUUGAAUCUGAUGUAUAAUACCACACUCAUUCUUCUACAUCGGCCGCGGGUAGGUGGUGAUUCGCAAUCCGUCCAACCUGCAGUGCGGCAGAGCUGGGAAACCUGCCGGAAUGCGACCACUGCAAUCUACAGAAUACUCAGACUAUAUGUAAAUACUUUCGGUUUCCAGUACAUCACAUACAUGAACAGCUACUGCACUUAUACAGCUGCCACGACUGCAGUUUAUCAACUGGAAACAUCUCAGAAGACAAGUUGGCCACCCCCCUCUGAAGAUGUCACGUGGACAGAACUCAGAUUCUUCCUUGAUAUUCUCCAACGCUCGGCAACCGCCAUGCCAGGCCUCCAGCGGAGUAUACAAAUAAUCCAUACGAGGGUCAAAAAGAUAUUUGAUCGUCAAGUCCAAACGCAGCUCAAAUCGCUAUUCGGGAUGAAUGCCAAUACGCCAAGCAGAAAGGACAAAGGCAGUACGAAUCAAGAUACGAAUACAAUGACACCCUUUGCAGUUCCUGACAGUCAAUUUGUUCCCAAUCACAACCAGACGGGAAUUCCAUCUAUCGAUUCUUCUGCCAUAAAUCAACAUGCGGGCCAGACAAAUGAGUUGUGGUCGCUAGAACCCUGGCUCCCCGCUUUUCCAGGACAGGACACUUCUCAAGGUGCCAAGAUUAUGCUAGAUUUACACGACAUGCCUAGUAUCGAGGCUCCCAUGUUCAUCGGAUCGAACCUUGACUCGUAUAUGCGUCUCGACACUUCACUAACCUACGAUAUGGAUCCCAAUUACGGGUCUUAUACAAAUAACGAUUAUAUCGUUGACCAAUGA